AAUAAUGGGCUAUGUAUGAUUCAUAAUACAUAUGCUAGCAAUCCUCAAAGGAAAACAUCUGAAGGUUACUGUAGAAUGAGCUCAGCUAGGAGGCUGCUAAUCAGAGAGGCGAAGGAAGCGCUAAUGAACCAAACGCGCACGAUAACAUCACCCAACGCAUAUUCAACCUUCCUGCCAUUGCGUUCAGCUAUUGUACGCCCUGCGCCAAGCCCUCGCCGAUCCAUUGUCACGAUGAACAAAGACGACGACCCUAACCAACUGGAAGCAAUCGUUCAGCAAAAGCAAGCACUUCGAUCCAAAAUGCGUAAAGCGCUUAAGAGCAUGGACCCAAUUCAGAGAUCUCAAGAAGAUAAUGCAAUACAGAAUUUUGUUUUAGAAGCUCCAUGGUUCAAAUCAAGUAAAAAAUUAUGUGCUUAUGUAAGCUGUGCUGCUUUACGAGAAGUUGAUACAUCCAAAAUUGUGUCAGAGAUCUUAUGCAAUGCAGCUGAAGAGGGUUGUGCACAGAUCCGGAAAAAUCUUUAUCUUCCACGCAUUGAGGAUCGGAAUAGCAACAUGAGAAUGCUCAAGAUUUCAAGUUUAACUGAUCUUAUCGCAAACUCAAUGAACAUUUUGGAACCAUCUCCAGUGGAUUGUGAUGGAAAUCAACGCGAAGAUGUUAUGCAGGCAAGUGAGCCCGUUGACUUGUUCGUCCUACCUGGCCUUGCAUUUGACAGAUUGGGAAGACGUUUGGGACGUAGUGGUGGUUACUAUGAUAUGUUCCUGAAGAAAUACAAAGAGCUUGCUAGCAAGAGGAACUGGAAGCAGCCCCUUCUUGUUGCACUUUCAUACUCUUUACAGAUUGUGGAUGAGGGAGCUAUCGCUAUUACACAUAAUGAUGUUCCCGUGGAUGCAAUAGUGUCUCCGGCUGGGUUCAUUCCAACAAGCCCUGCCGCCAUGAAGAUGUCUGAUUGACAAGUCUCCAUUUUUACAGAGAUUCACCAUGAAAUUUCAUCGCACUGUCUUACCAAAGCUGUUACCUUGAUACACUGAAGCAUUGUGUAUUAUCAAUCCGACUGCACAUUUUGGUGCUUCCAUUGGCUUCUGCCUAGAGCCAAUGCCCUUUAGUAAUUCUGUGAUGUUAUUAAUCUGGGUGAGGUGAGGAUGCAAACCAAUUUGAAUUAGGCUUGUCUUCAUCCUUGUGCUCAAUAUUUGUAUGGUUGUGGCUGAAACCGAGGCUGUGAAUCUUCUUAAUACAAUUGAAUUUAUUUUAAUUUUAACUGGUAAUCUGAUUCGUUAA